UAAACCUGUGAUGUGAAGCUGUCUGAUUAAGGUAAACGUGUCUGAAAAGCGACUGGUUUGAUUGCUUAAGAAGGCCUCUGAGAUCGAAUUUGAAAAAAAUUAUAUAGCGAGAAAAAGUGGAAGAAAUAGCGAGGAACAAGUUUGGGGUCUGGUAUGAGCGGCCUCAGAAAAAAUCAAGCAGCAUAGAAAAGGAUCAGAUCAGCAGUAUGACAUGGCAUGCAGAUGAAGAUGAGGAAGAAGAGAGGGCAGUGCAGUCAAUUACUCCCUCCUCUGCAACUUAUCCUCGUCAAUCUAAGAAUACUACUAAGAACAAUGAAGUAGCAUGCCCCUCUUGUGGCCACCCUAUCGAUAUUCGAGACCAGGCUGGAAUUCAUGAUUUGCCGGGACUACCAGCAGGAGUGAAAUUUGAUCCGACGGACCAGGAAAUUCUUCAACAUUUGGAAUCGAAAGUGUUCACUGAUACCAGAAAGCAUCAUCCACUCAUUGAUGAAUUCAUACCAACGCUUGAUGGUGAGAAUGGGAUUUGCUCUACCCACCCAGAAAAGCUACCAGGAGUGAACAAAGAAGGACAGAUCCGCCACUUCUUUCACCGACCCUCAAAGGCCUACACCACCGGAACCAGGAAGCGAAGGAAGGUUCACACCGAAGAAGACGGAAGCGAGACAAGAUGGCACAAAACAGGCAAGACAAGGCCAGUCCUAGCUAAUGGACUAAUUAAGGGUUUCAAAAAGAUUUUGGUCCUCUACACCAACUACGGCAGGCAAAGGAAGCCUGAGAAGACAAAUUGGGUGAUGCACCAGUACCACCUGGGGAUCAAUGAAGAAGAGAAAGAUGGAGAGCUAGUGUUAUCUAAGGUCUUUUAUCAAACACAACCUAGGCAAUGUGGUACUGGAACUCCAAGCAUCAGAGAUGAUGAUCCUCCAUUGUUGAAUCCAUUGGAUAGUCAUCAUCAUAAAGGUCAUCUCAAUAUUCGAAGUGGGCAAGAUGGCAAUUCUCUUCCUCUUCCUCCAAAGAAGGCUGGUGUUAUGGAGUAUUACAAUCAUAAUCAUCCUGCUCCUUUUAUGAAUUAUGAUCAUCCUCAACUGAUUCAAGCAGGCCAGAAUAAAGAAAUCCCAGCUCAACUAAUUCCUAACAUGGUUCUUCAAGGUGACGGGUCUUCGUUGUUUCGAUACAAUAUUACUUCAGACACAAGCAAGCAAAGGAAAACUAUUUGAGAGGAAAAUAUAGUCGUGGGUCAAUAUCAUGACCAUGGAUAUAUGGAAAGAAUUCAUAUUGAGGUAGCUUUAGCUAGUUUAGGGCAGCAGUGACAUUAUACCUUCUUUUCGCAUGCCAUUACUCUUCUGUUUUGAUUUGACAAUAAUAUCGUUUUGGUUAUUGAUUUGUUGAUAGA